AUGGACAUCAUUAAGCGUCACAGCCUCGGCAUUGGCAUUGGCAAGAAGAGCAGCCCGAAGCUGGAGCCCGUCAGGCCACUGAAGCUGAACGUCGUCGUUGAGUCGCCGCCAGUCGUCUUCUUCGGCACGCCUUCGCAGUCUUCCGGUGCGCUGUUUUCGUGCCAGUUGAAAGUCGACGUCAAGGAUCCUAGCGUCACUCUGGACAGAUUCUGCAUGCAGUUCCUGGCUUUGGUCACAAUGAAAAAACCUGUUUCUCAGCACUGUCCGGACUGCACUACCAAAGUCGACGAGUUGAAGAAGUGGACAUUCAGCGCAGGUCCACUGAAACUCAAUAAGGGCGAGCACAGCUUCCCGUGCAGCUACAUGAUCCCAGGCCACUUGCCCGCAACUACGCACGGCUCGCUUGUAACCGUCGAGUACAGGCUCUCGGCUCUGGCAAUCACAUCUACCGGUGACAAGGUCACCUUCGAGCUGCCUAUCAAAGUAUGCCGUGCCAUUACGCCGGGAAACCCCAAAAACUCCAUGCGGAUAUUCCCGCCUACAAACCUCACCAUGCAUGUCACGUUACCCCCGGUGAUCCACCCCAUUGGCGACUUCAAGGUCGAGAUGAAGAUGACCGGCGUGUCGACCAAGAACAAGGAGUCCCAAACGCGCUGGCGACUGCGAAAGUUCACGUGGCGUAUCGAAGAGUUGGAACGUAUGGUCUCUCCCGCCUGCCCGAAGCAUGCCGCUAAAGUGGGCGGCGAAGGCAACGGCAUCUCUCACGACAACACCACCGUGGUCGGAUCCGAUGAUAUCAAGAGCGGGUGGAAGUCUGAUUUCGACGACGGAACGAUCGAGUGCGAAUUCAAGGCGGCAGUCAACCCCUCGCUCAAGCCGGCCUGCGACGUGUCAGCUGCGAACGGACUGGAAAUUAAACACCUGCUUGUAGUCGAGAUGGUCGUCGCGGAGGAGUGGGCACCGCUCAAGAAACCGACCCAGAUUACACCGACCGGUGCUGCUCGGGUGUUGCGCACGCAGUUCAAUUUACUCCUCACGGAGCGGAGCGGACUGGGAAUCGCUUGGGACGAGGAACAGCCUCCGAUGUACGAGGAUGUACCAGCGUCGCCACCAACUUAUCAAAUCAACGACAUCGACAUGCAAGAGCUGGACGAGGAGACCAACCGACUGAACCUCAGCUGA